GGCAGUGUUAUCUGCCCCGCCCGCCAUUAGCUCUGCAGUUACUCUUACAAAGGACUCAUCACGGUCGGACUGUAAGAGAUAACUUAGUCUCUUGCACUUUGUUAAACUAAACUACAACCCCUCAGAAAACAUGCGUGAGUGUAUUUCAGUGCACGUUGGUCAGGCUGGUGUCCAGAUUGGCAAUGCCUGCUGGGAGCUUUACUGCCUGGAACAUGGGAUCCAGCCGGAUGGACAGAUGCCCAGUGACAAGACCAUUGGAGGAGGAGAUGAUUCCUUCAACACCUUCUUCAGUGAGACCGGAACUGGAAAGCACGUCCCCAGAGCUGUUUUUGUGGACCUGGAGCCCACUGUCAUCGAUGAAGUCCGCUCUGGUACCUACCGCCAGCUGUUCCACCCUGAGCAGCUGAUCACUGGCAAGGAGGAUGCUGCCAACAACUACGCCCGCGGACACUACACCAUCGGCAAAGAGAUCAUCGACAUGGUUUUGGACAGGAUCCGCAAACUGGCUGACCAGUGCACUGGCCUUCAGGGCUUCCUGGUGUUCCACAGCUUCGGAGGUGGCACCGGCUCUGGUUUCACCUCCCUGUUGAUGGAGCGUCUGUCUGUCGACUACGGCAAGAAGUCCAAGCUGGAGUUCUCCAUCUACCCAGCUCCCCAGGUGUCCACCGCUGUGGUGGAGCCCUACAACGCCAUCCUCACCACCCACACCACCCUGGAGCACUCUGACUGUGCCUUCAUGGUAGAUAACGAGGCCAUCUACGAUAUCUGCCGCAGGAACCUCGAUAUCGAGCGUCCCAGUUACACCAAUUUAAACAGGUUGAUCAGUCAGAUUGUGUCCUCCAUCACUGCCUCCCUUCGUUUUGACGGUGCCCUCAAUGUUGAUCUGACAGAGUUCCAGACCAACUUGGUGCCAUAUCCCCGUAUCCACUUCCCUCUGGCCACCUAUGCCCCUGUCAUCUCUGCUGAGAAGGCUUACCAUGAGCAGCUAUCAGUGGCUGAAAUCACCAAUGCAUGCUUCGAGCCCGCCAAUCAGUUGGUGAAAUGUGACCCUCGCCACGGCAAGUACAUGGCUUGCUGCCUGUUGUUCCGUGGUGAUGUGGUGCCCAAAGAUGUGAAUGCUGCCAUUGCCACCAUCAAAACCAAGCGUUCCAUCCAGUUUGUGGACUGGUGCCCCACUGGUUUCAAGGUUGGCAUCAACUACCAGCCACCCACUGUAGUUCCUGGUGGAGACCUGGCCAAGGUCCAGAGGGCUGUAUGCAUGCUGAGCAACACCACUGCUAUUGCAGAGGCCUGGGCUCGGCUCAACCACAAGUUUGAUCUGAUGUACGCUAAGCGUGCGUUCGUCCACUGGUAUGUGGGUGAGGGUAUGGAGGAGGGAGAGUUCUCUGAGGCCAGAGAGGACAUGGCAGCUCUGGAGAAGGAUUACGAGGAGGUUGGAGUUGACUCCGUUGAGGGUGAGGAUGAGGAAGAAGGAGAGGAGUAGGCCUAGGAAGUAAAUUAUACUUGAAAGUGUUGUUCCUGAAUAACUCCUAAAAAAUAGUUUUGUUUGUAUUUAAAUUUCUUAUGUUCUGUGUUUGUUACAUGUGCAAUGGUAUGUUUUUUUCUGUAUGUAAUGUUUCUGUGACUCCUUCCUGCCAUUGUAAAAAAAAUGAAAUAUUUCAAUGGUUUUUGGACUCAAUAAAUCUCAUAAAUCUUCA